GUUUCGAAAAAAACAAGCAUCAUACCAACUAACAAUCAAAAUGGGUAAGGAAAAGUCACACAUUAACGUUGUCGUCAUUGGUCACGUCGACGCUGGUAAGUCAACUACUACUGGUCACUUGAUCUACAAGUGUGGUGGUAUUGAUAAGAGAGUCAUUGAAAAGUUCGAAAAGGAAGCUGCUGAAAUGGGUAAAUCCUCAUUCAAGUAUGCUUGGGUUUUGGACAAGUUGAAGGCUGAAAGAGAAAGAGGUAUCACUAUUGAUAUUGCUCUCUGGAAGUUCGAAUCUAAGAAGUACGUCUUCACCAUCAUUGAUGCUCCAGGUCACAGAGAUUUCAUUAAGAACAUGAUUACUGGUACCUCCCAAGCUGACGUUGCUAUCUUGGUUGUUGACUCAACUAACGGUGGUUUCGAAGCUGGUUUCUCCAAGGAUGGUCAAACUAGAGAACACGCUUUGCUCGCCUACACUUUGGGUAUUAAGCAAAUGAUUGUCUGUAUGAACAAGUUCGAUGAUGAAUCUGUCAAAUACUCUGAUAAGAGAUAUGAAGAAAUCAAGUCUGAAGUUGGUAGAUACUUGAAGUCUUUGGGUUUCCAAACUGAAGAAGGUAAGCCAAACUGUGUCCAAUUCGUCCCAAUUUCUGGUUGGACUGGUGACAACAUGAUUGAAAAGUCUGACAAGAUGCCAUGGUACAAGGGACCAUGUCUUUUGGAUGCUUUGGAUAACUUGGUUGAACCUGUUAGACCAACUGAUAAGCCAUUGAGAUUGCCACUCCAAGAUGUUUACAAGAUUGGUGGUAUUGGUACUGUCCCAGUCGGUAGAGUUGAAACUGGUAAAUUGAAGCCAGGUAUGGUUGUUCACUUUGCUCCAGGUCAAGCUGCUGAUACUGAAGUUAAGUCUGUCGAAAUGCAUCACACUUCUGUCCCAGAAGCUGGUCCAGGUGACAAUGUUGGUUUCAACGUUAAGGGUUUGUCCACCACUGAUAUUAAGAGAGGUUAUGUUGCUUCUGAUGCUAAGAAUGAUCCAUCCAGAGAAGCUGUUUCUUUCAAUGCUCAAGUUAUUAUCAUGAAUCACCCUGGUGAAAUCAGAAACGGUUACACUCCAGUUUUGGAUUGUCACACCUCCCACAUUGCUUGCAAGUUCGAAACUAUCAUUGAAAAGAUUGAUAGAAGAUCUGGUAAGACUCAAGAAGCUAACCCAGAAAAGAUCAAGAAGGGUGACUCUGCUAUCGUCAAGAUUGUUCCAACCAAGCCAAUGUGUGUUGAAGGUUUCGUUGAAUAUCCACCUUUGGGUAGAUUCGCUGUCAGAGACAUGAAGCAAACUGUCGCUGUCGGUGUUAUUAAGUCUGUUGAAAAGAAGGAACCUUCCAAGAAGUAAAUUUUUUGAACGGCUUACUAAUAAAAUCCAAAUAGUGAUAAAAAAAUUUCUAAAAAA